AUGUCUGAAUUCAGUCAACUGGGCAAAGACGACAAAUUAGGACUUUUGAUGGACGGCUUUCCUAAGAUUAUAAGCCUUUUAUCAGUUCUUAAUUUUAAUUUUGAGGGCAGAUUCUGGACCUUACCCUUUGACAAUGAAAACGCGGCACAACUUUCUAUGGAUGUAAUCAAGAGUCACGAAUUGCUUCCCACAGAAAUACAUUAUAAAUUCAUGAAAAAUGUUCAGCAAGAAUGCAAAUCCGAUAUGACCAUGCUUGAUUUGUUAUCCGCUGUUUUACUAUUCAAUCCAAACGGUUCAAUUCUGGUCCAUAAGCAUUAUAUUACAUUACAACAGAAGACUUACAUGUAUUUACUUCAACGCUAUUUAGAGAUUAAACACAACUCUAAGAGUGAAUCCGAGACCCGAUUCUUGCGAUUAAUGAAUUGUGUGAAUGAGUUACAUGCCCAUUUCAAGAUAAGUUACCUAUUUAACCAAAAUAAGUUUAAGUUUAAUGAGAAAAUGAGUGAAAAAGUAUGUACUGUUUGCGGUGAUCGAGCACUGGGUCGUAACUACGGAGUGAUCUCAUGCGAGCCCUGUCGUAUAUUUUUCAAAAGGAAUUCCAAUAGAGCUCAGGUUUACCAUUGA